GCUGGCAGGAUCAGGGGCUGUGCGAGCGCCAGGGCAGGCGGCAGCAGCAUGUGUGCGGUGUCUGGGGCUCAGGGCGCGAGAACCACGUAAGGUGCCCACCGGAGCCUCCCUCCUCACCCGCCUCCGCAGCCCCCCGCAGAAACUUCACGGCUCCCCCCACGCACGGUCCGGGCUUCUCCGGAGGGGCUUGGCACCGACAGCCGCAUGCAUGACACUCCGAAAAGGAGAGAAAAUGACCAUAAGUAUCCAGGAGCACAUGGCUAUUGACGUCUGCCCCGGCCCCAUCAAACCCAUCAAGCAGAUCUCCGACUACUUCCCCCGCUUCCCCCGCGGGCUCCCCGCCGCCGUCGGCCGCAGCGGUGCCCUGCGCCCCGCGGUCAGCCAGCCCUCCGUGAGCCCCGCCGAGGGACCCCGGGAAGACGAUGAGGACGUGGACCAGCUUUUCGGAGCGUAUGGCACGACGCCCGCCGAACAGCCGGCCAAGAGCCAAGCGCCCGAGGAGGUGGUGGACCCCGAGGGCUACGAGUCCGACGACUGCACCUCGCUGGGGACGCUGGAUUUCAGCUUGCUCUACGAUCAAGAGAACAACGCUCUCCACUGCACCAUCAAUAAAGCCAAGGGCCUGAAGCCGAUGGACCAUAAUGGAUUGGCUGAUCCAUACGUCAAGUUGCACUUGCUUCCCGGAGCCAGUAAGGCGAAUAAGCUGAGAACCAAAACGCUGCGCAACACUUUGAACCCCACCUGGAACGAGACACUCACCUACUACGGCAUCACCGACGAGGACAUGAUCCGCAAGACCCUGCGGAUCUCGGUCUGUGACGAGGACAAGUUCCGCCACAACGAGUUCAUUGGGGAGACGCGGAUCCCGCUGAAGAAACUGAAGCCCAACCAGACCAAAAACUUCAGCAUCUGCCUGGAGAAGCAGCUGCCGAUAGAUAAAACAGAGGACAAGUCGCUGGAGGAGCGUGGCCGGAUCCUCAUCUCCCUCAAGUACAGCUCUCAGAAGCAGGCGCUCCUGGUGGGCAUCAUCCGCUGUGCCCACCUGGCUGCCAUGGAUGCCAACGGCUACUCCGACCCCUACGUCAAAACAUACUUGAAACCAGAUGAGGACAAGAAAUCAAAGCACAAGACGGCGGUGAAGAAGAAAACACUGAACCCCGAGUUCAAUGAGGAGUUUUGCUAUGAGAUAAAGCACGGCGACCUGGCAAAAAAGACCUUGGAAGUCACUGUGUGGGACUAUGAUAUCGGGAAGUCAAACGAUUUCAUAGGUGGAGUGGUGCUAGGAAUUAAUGCCAAAGGUGAGCGGCUGAAGCACUGGUUCGACUGCCUGAAGAACAAGGACAAGAAGAUCGAGCGCUGGCACACGCUAACGAACGAGCUGCCGGGCGCCGUCCUCAGCGACUGAGCUCCACGGGGCCGCUCCCAGGCGGCCACAGCUCCGCCACAGCCUUUGGACUUCCCUCCUUUACGGCUUCGGAUACGGGGGAUCGCGGCACCGGGGGCAGCCGGGAGAGCGGGACACCCCUCGGCACGGCCUGGCUGCGGGGAAACCCUUGCCAAGGGGAGAAGGCGGCGGUGCUUUGCUCCGCCCAGCCCGUCCCAAAACUGCCUCCCUGCACCCUGACACACUCACAGCCCUGCCCACGGGCAUGCACGUGCACACACACACACGUGUGCUCACACACACACACGUGUGCACACUCACGCCUGCAUGCUCUGCAGUCUGGCUCCUCUUCCAAUCCUGGCUGUACUGAGUUACCUUCUCGCUGCCUUGCAAUUCAAGUGGCAACAAUGAAUGCGUCCGUCUGCGUCCGUGUGUCCAGCAUCGGCAAAAGGCGUCACUUAAAACCUGGAACUGUUUUCCUCAAGGCAAAACUGUGCCAUAUCCCUGGUGGUUUGUCGAGUCUCUGUGGUUUGGGCCUAAACAGUCUUUUAUGCAUUUAAAUCUCCUCUGUUGGAAUGAUUGUGUCCCUGAUAACCUGGAAAGAGUGUUUGCUUUUCUUCCAGGAGUGUUGUGCUCGUCCUCUCCGAUAACUCAUGUGAAGUCAGCACAGCUGUGCAGACCACGGUUUUCCUCUUGGGAUUGGGCAGCUUCAUGUUUGGGAGGCGAAAUAAAAGGCUCAGUGAAGCCCCUGGCUGUUCCUGCUUCCCAGGAUCAGCAGCCACCACUCUCCUAAUGAAACCACGCCUUCCCGCCCGGAGCCACGCAGCAGCACAGCUAUUUUUCCAGCAAAGCCAGUUUUCAGGCUAAAUUUUUUCUAUCAUUUCUCCCUUAUUCAUCCUUUUCCAAUUCAUGCCAUUAAAUAAAACCCAGUGAAGAUGCAGAGCCUCGGGGCUGAGCUGGAAUGUUGUUUGUGGAGAUGCUUGGCUCUGGCACAGCUAUCAGGUUGGCCCAUUUUCUGCCUCAAACAGCAUCCAAACCAAACUUCUGUGUAUGGCACAGUAAUAAUAUAAUAAUAUUAUGAUGAUGAUAAUAGUAAUAAUAAUAAUCCCAGAUUUCAUCCUCUGUGAUCCACCUUGGCCUGUCUCUGCAUCCUCAUCCCACUGGACACCCAGAGGGAUGAGCUAAAACUUUCUAUGAAAUGCUGCACGUUUCCCAAAAUUUUUGAAGCCUUUAAACCAUGAUUUCUUAGGAAGAGCUGCUCUUUCCCCACAGAUCUCAAUUACCUUCAGCUUCCGAGCCCUGUGCAUGCACAUGAGCGUGUUGCUGACUUCUUUUUUUCUUGGAAAACAAUGGGAUCUCUGGAAAUCUACGUUUACUUUUCAAAGUGAUGAUCAUGUUACACCUUGUUUGAUAAGGGGGGGGGAUAAAACCAAGGUUCAUAGGGGUUUUUUUAAUAACUUAAUAUUUGUAAUGCAUUCUACAGAUAUGCAUGGAUUUUAUUUGAAUGCUGGCAGCGUGUCAAGUCGGAUGUUCCCAGUAAUCCUUUCUGUUCCAGCAUCUUAAAACCUGGUUUGGGUCUGAGCUUCCAGGAAAGCUCCAGGAACACCAGGUUGGCUGUGCCUCCCUUUUUCUUGCAAAAUUCCUUCCACACCAUCAUUCGUUCUGGCAUAUCUUGCUAUGAAACUGGUUUAUGCCUGAGGUGGAGUAGGACAUGUGUGUGUGGGUUCCUUCACUUUGUAUCCCAGUCUUUUCUAAGCAGGCACCCCGUCCGUCCGUCCGUCCGUCCCAGCUGCAUGCAGAGUUGGUGGUUGUCAUGCCAGGCCUCGUGAAAUGUUUGAUACCAAUGUUUUGCUACCAUGUGAAGGCUGCAGAAAACUGUCCUUACCUGCAUCCUGAAAGACUUUUGUAUUUCAGUAUUACCUAUCCGUGUACUUUUUGUCGGAUUUGUUAAUAUUUAUAACGAGAACCGAAAAUAAAAAGGUUAAAAAAAAAAAAAAAAA